UUUUUGUUGCACAUUUUGUUUAUGCUGCUAUUAAAAAUAAUUGAAAAAAUUAAAGAAAAUUGUAUUAAUGAGCUAAAACAAUUGAAAUAAAAUGGCUCAUAGUGAAAGUUUUCAGCUAAAUACCUUUCGAAGCUAUGUAACAAUAUUGGGAGAUGCUAAAGCCACCGAUGACAAGAAACUCCGGGCGGCCCAAGAAUUGAGUGAACAUUUUGAAGUGGUUGUACAAAGCUCAUCGUAUCCAUCAUUUUUGGAACAUUCCCUUAAGGCUUUUAUGCAUUUUUUGCAAGAUGGAGAGCCACAAUUUAUACAAGAAUAUCAGGCACAUCAGGUGCGUAAAUUAAUUUUGGAAAUGAUACAUCGUUUGCCCAUUAGUGAGAACUUAAGACAGCAUGUUAAGUCAAUAAUAUCGUUAAUGCUUAAAAUCUUACAAAUUGAUAACGAGGAAAAUGUGCUCGUUUGUCUAAGGAUUAUUAUAGAGUUGCAUAAAAACUUUCGUCCCUCCUUUAACAAUGAGGUCCAACAGUUUUUGGCCUUGGUAAAGAAAAUUUACACAGAACUUCCCAAUCAUAUGAAUAAAAUCUUUGAACCGGCUCAACAAAUCAGAAUUAAAGAUUUAAAAGAACUCAACAUGGAACAAUUACUUUCCGAGACUUAUGCUAUUAAAUCUAUACAUGUGGAAAAUCCCACAGAUUCAGUAACAUUUCAAAUGUAUAAUCUAUUGCCUAGAGGUAUGUUAUCUUUAAGGGUGUUACAAGAAUUACCCAUUAUUGUGGUACUUAUGUAUCAGAUUUAUAAGAAUGCUGUACACCAAGAAGUAUCCGAAUUUAUACCAUUAAUAAUGACUACCAUUAAUCUGCAGCCUUCUAUGGUUCAUAGGAACUCACAAUUUUUCAAUAAAGAAAUUUUUAUUGAUUUUAUGGGAGCUCAAAUAAAGACACUUUCCUUUUUAGCUUACAUAGUAAGACUAUUUCAGGAAACAAUUAUGACACAUUCUGCUGCUGUAACCAGUGGAAUUUUAAGUUUAAUGCAUUUAUGUCCUAAAGAAGCGGCUCAUCUUAGAAAAGAACUGUUAAUUGCAGCUAGACAUAUUUUUGCCACCGACUUGAGACAAAAAUUCAUACCUUCAAUUGAACGUUUAUUCGAUGAAGAUUUAUUGAUUGGCAAAGGUGUUACCCUGGAUUCAAUACGUCCUUUGGCUUAUUCAACAUUGGCUGAUUUGGCUCAUCAUGUGCGACAAAGCUUAAGUUUGGAUGUGUUGGAAAAAGCUAUUAAAUUAUUUUCCAAAAAUGUACAUGAUGAAUCUUUAGCCACCGGCAUACAGACCAUGUCCUGUAAGCUAUUGUUAAAUCUGGUCGAUUGUGUUCGUCAUCACAGUGAGGUUGAGCCGAUAAAGGCUCGUAGUUUAUUGACAACAUUGUUAAAAGUUUUUGUUUAUAAAUUUCAAACAAUUGCUAAAAUUACUUUGCCCAGUAUUACACAAAGAUUAAAAGCCCAAUCAACUGCUUCACAAACUUCGCCAGCCUCCACCACAUCUUCCACAACUGCAGUAUUGGACAAUAAAGAAAAUAUAAACGACAAUGCCUCUGAUCCAAUUUCAAAGACAAAUUUGGCAGGAAAUCAAAUGCUUUGUUCUCUUAAUAUAGUGGAAUAUAGAAGCCUGGUGAAAACCUUAGUGGGUGGAGUUAAAACUAUAACAUGGGGAUUUCUAAGUUCUAAGUCUCCUUCAGUUGAUAUUACUAAAAACAAACAGGAGAAACUCUUUCAACCCUAUGAAGUUAGUAUAUAUAUUGACUUAGUACAUUGGGCCAUGGAAGCUUUGGAUAUAUAUUCCAUUAACACCUCCACUGCUAAUCAGCUUAAAUCUUCUGGUAUUAUACCAAGAACAAAAGAAGAAAAAGAGGUUUUAGAACAUUUCAGCGGCAUUUUUAUAAUGAUGCAUUCGCAAAAUUUCCAAGAAGUUUUUGCCACUACUAUAGAUUUUAUGGUGGAACGUAUACACAAAAAUCCUUCGCUACAGAUAGUAGCCAAUUCUUUUCUGGCCAAUCCCACUACAUCGCCCUUGUUUGCUACCGUGUUAGUGGAAUAUCUUUUGGGAAAAAUGCAUGAAAUGGGCACAAAUGUUGAAAGAUCUAAUCUCUACUUGAGGCUAUUUAAACUAGUAUUUGGAAGUGUUAGUCUUUUUCCGGUAGAGAAUGAACAAAUGUUAAAACCCCAUUUACACAAUAUUGUCAAUCAAUCAAUGGAGUUGGCUUUGACGGCAGAGGAACCUUACAAUUAUUUUCUACUUUUGCGUGCUCUGUUUCGUUCUAUUGGUGGUGGUUCACAUGAUCUGUUGUAUCAGGAAUUUUUACCCUUACUGCCAAAUUUACUAGAAGGUUUAAAUCGUUUACAAAGCGGCUUUCAUAAACAACACAUGAAAGAUCUUUUUGUGGAACUAUGCUUAACAGUACCGGUGAGGUUAUCUUCACUUUUACCUUAUCUACCCAUGCUUAUGGAUCCCCUAGUUUCCGCACUUAAUGGAUCGGCUACUUUAGUCAGCCAGGGCUUAAGGACUUUGGAACUGUGCGUAGAUAAUUUACAACCCGAUUUCUUGUAUGAUCAUAUCCAACCAGUUAGAGCUGCCCUUAUGCAGGCUCUUUGGAAGACACUGCGCAACCAAGACAAUGCAGCACUAGUAGCUUUUCGCGUGCUGGGUAAAUUUGGUGGUGGCAAUCGAAAAAUGAUGACAGAACCACAAAGUAUACAAUAUACCAACAGUGAGAUUCAACCGACCGCUGUAGUCACCUAUUUCCAAGAACUAGAGAAACCCAUAGAGUUUCCCAUCGAUAAAGCUAUAGAAACUGCAUUUUCUGCUCUAAGUUCGAAUGCUACGGACUCGUUUUAUCGCCGCCAAAGUUGGGAAGUUAUACGUUGUUUCUUGGCCGCAUCUAUAAAUUUGGACGAUGAAAAACAUACCCUACAAAAGUUUUUCCUACAUCCCAGUUUUCUCGAAAAUAACAUUGUAAAUAUGCCUGUAAGUCAAAGUAAAAUAGAAGAUUUUCAGGCACGUAAAACUUUACAAAAUGCUUUGACUGGUAUGUUAGUGGCAUCGGCAACUAAAGAUUUACGAGAAUUUGUUUUUCCAGUAAUGGUUGCGGUGGUACGUCAUUACACCAUGAUUUCCAUAGCACAACAAGCUGGACCCUUCCCUUACAAGCAAUACUACUCUAUAAAUGGUAUUGAUCCUUUGGUGUUAAUCGAUGCCUUGGCUAUUUGCAUGGGUCACGAAGAAAAAGAAUUGUGCAAACCUGGGCAACUGUGUAUAGGCUUAAUUCUAGAUACAGCUGCCAAUAUCUUGGGAAGCAAGGAAAGAGCUUGUCGUUUGCCUUUAAUGCAAUAUUUAGCCGAGAAAAUGACUGCACUCUGUUACGAAAGACCUUGGUAUGCCAAAGUUGGUGGUUGUAAGGCGAUACAAUUUUUGUACCAACACUUUUCAUUACGUUCGCUCUAUCAACAUUUGUUUUCAUUUGUAAAAGCAUUCAUGUUUGUUUUAAUGGACCUUGAAGGAGAAGUAUCAAAUGGUGCCAUUUAUAUAGCUAAAACAAAUCUUAGAUCUUUGCUGGAUUUGUGUAUGACGCCGAAGGAACAAGAAAAUGAUGAAAUUACCACCAUUAAGAAUAAAGCCAUAUACGAUGUUAUACACGAACUGGUGAGGCAAGUUACAAGUCCAAAUACUUUAGUACGACAAGAAUCAAUGGCUUCACUUAAGUAUAUUGCCACUCUACAAAACCGCACAGUGUCAGAGGUAAUGGAUCCACACAAGGAGGUUCUGGCCGAUAUUAUACCACCCAAAAAACAUUUGCUCAGACAUCAACCGGUUAAUGCUCAAAUUGGUUUAAUGGAAGGAAAUACAUUCUGUACCACUUUGGAGCCUAGACUUUUUACCAUCAACUUAGGUAACAGUUAUCACAAACUUUUCUUCCACGAGUUAAUCACUCUCUCAGAAGCUGAGGAUUCUACACUCAUGAAAUUGGAUUGCUAUAAAAAUGUCACCAACUUGGUUCCAUUAAGAAUAAGUGCUUUAAGGGCCUUGGCAGCUUGUCACUACAUAACGGAUACUACGCACAAGGACAAAAUUAUAAACAUUUUAUUCAAACUAAUGGAACAUAAAAAACCUGAACUUCAAGAAGCUGCUUUCAAGUGCAUGAAACGCUUUAAUGCUGGCAUACAAAUUGAUAAGAAAGAAAUACACAACUGUAUUAGACCACUUCUACUGACGCUAGGUGAUCAUCGUAAUCUGACACUGACGGCUACCAAACGUUUAUCUUACUUUACUCAACUAUUUCCCCAAAUCUUCAAUGAGAAGUUGAGCGAACAAAUCUUACAAUUAUGCCGAAAACUAUUGGAAAUUUCCAUACAAAUUUGCAAACAGGGUCAACAGGGAGGAAAUUUUUUUGCUGCCAUUAGAGGCGGCGAGUAUGAGCAAAAAGUUGUUUGUCUUAUAGAAAUGUUUCAUCAAAUUACAGCCGCCACUCCUAAAUAUAUAGAAAAUCUAUGUCAAUUGGUUUUACAAACAGAAAAAAAUCUUAUGAUAGAAUCUUCUUCACCCUAUAGAGCACCACUUCUCAAAUUCCUUAUGCGUUUCCCAAACGAAACAGUUGACUACUUCCUUUCCGAUGUCUAUAUAAUAGAUGAUCAAUGGAAUCGAUUUUUUAUACAUAUCUUAAAGCAUAAAGAUGGUCAGCCCUUCCAUAACGUACUCAAAACACAGUCAUACAUUAAUUGUUUGAUACGUCUAAUAAGUGGUACCCAAAUCGACAGCUCAGUUAUGAACGAUGCUCAAAAGCAAGAGGCCCAAGAACAGGCUAUUAAAAUUGUUUAUACAGUAAUGGAAAAUGAUGAUCAAUGGAUAGCGACACAAACGGAAUUGAUCAACUGCCUAAAAAAUCUAUGGCAAUUCAACCUGAGCAGUAGUUGCCAGGACAAUGUAAUUAGCUACAAGUGGCACUUAGUAGGAAAGAUUUUACUUAAGUACUUUUCUCUCAACACUAAUGAAAUUGAAUUACUUUUCCAAUUGUCAAGAGCUUUAUGUUUGCAUUUUAUACCAGACUUUUAUUUUCUAAGAGAUUUUCUACAGAACACCGUUGCUCAAAGCUACACGGUCUAUUGGAAACGCCAGGCAUUCUUUUAUUUUGUGGAGAAUUUUAAUAAUGUUUCCUUGUCGGAGGAGUUGAAAGCAAAAAUUAUAACAUCUAUUUUAGUCCCCUGUUUUAUUGCCAGCUUCGAUAAGGGUGAGGGUAACAAAUUAAUUGGAGCACCUCCAACACCCUUUCAGGAGGAUGACAGUAACAUUGUUUCGGUAUUUAUAAGUAAAGUGUUUGAUCCAGACAAGCCAUACGCCAACGAUGAUGCAGUACGAAUUGCUUUGCUGCAAUUUGCUUGCCUUUUGGUGGAGAGAGCUUCGCAACAUAUACACGACGGCGAUGCCAACAAUAAGAGACAGGGUAAUAAACUAAGAAGACUUAUGACUUUUGCUUGGCCUUGUCUGUUAAGUAAAAAUUCCGUUGAUCCUACGGCACGUUAUCAUGGCCAUUUACUAUUGGCACAUAUAAUUGCUCGCUUGGCUAUACACAAGAAAAUUGUAUUGCAAGUGUUCCACUCAUUGCUGAAGGGUCACGCUUUGGAGGCCAGACCGGUGGUGCGCCAAGCUCUGGAUGUUUUAACACCCGCCAUGCCACUACGUAUGGAAGAUGGUAAUACUAUGCUUACACACUGGACUAAGAAAAUUAUUGUCGAGGAGGGACAUUCAAUGCAACAACUCUUCCACAUUUUACAACUAAUUGUUAGACAUUAUAAGGUUUAUUUCCCGGUAAGACAUCAAUUGGUUACACAUUUGGUUAACUAUAUGCAACGUUUAGGUUUUCCACCCAAUGCAUCAUUGGAACAUAAAAAACUUUCCGUAGAUUUGGCUGAAGUCAUUAUAAAGUGGGAGUUGCAGCGUAUUAAAGAUGAUGAAAGUGAAAAUAAACUUUUAAAUUCUACUAUUGACGAUGAAUUGGAUGACAAAACUUCUAUUAAAAGAACCUCCAGCGAAGAUUUUAAUGAAUCGCAACGCAAAAAACUACAAACAGACGGCGUUCGUGGAAGCAGUACCAGCGAAGCUUCUUUAAGUACGAAAGUGGAUGAAAGUUGUCGCUCUAUAGGAAAAGUUCAUUGUGACACAGUUUUAAAUUUCCUAAUACGAUUGGCCUGCCAAGUCAACGAUAGCCAACCUACAAUUCUCAAUUCAGGAGAUAAUUUAUCCAGAAGAUGCAUAAUAUUACUUAGAACUGCCAUGCGUCCCGACGUUUGGCCCCAACCUUUUGAAUUGAAACUUAAUUGGAUGGACAAGAUUUUCGCUACAAUCGAAUCUCCUCAUACAAAUAUCAAUAAUAUUUGUACAGCUUUAGAUUUCUUAACGUUUUUGACAAAUAUUAUGAAACCCGACCAACUAUUGGCCAUUAUAAGACCCAUACAAAAAGGUCUAUCUGCAUGUAUUAUACAUCAAAACACAAAAAUUGUUCGUCUAAUGCACGUUCUCAUUUCACGUUUAAUGACAAUCUUUCCACCCGAUUCACAACACAAAAAUGAUGAGCUAGAGAUUUUAUAUAGUGCUAUUAGCAAAAUGAUUGUGGACAAUUUAACAUUGUACGAAAAGAGCCCACAGCCAAAUCCCUCUUCACUGUUUGGAACAUUGAUGAUUUUAAAGGCCUGUUGUGCCAAUAAUCCUGAAUAUAUUGAUCGUUUAAUGCUGCAGUUUAUAAGAGUAUUGAAUCGUUUGACGAAAGAACACAUUGCUUUGCAAAACAAUACACAAGCCUCAAUCAAUCCUUCUACAGAGAAUAAUCACUUGUCAUUGGAAUUGUUAAUAUUAUCCUUGGAUAUGAUCAAAAAUCGCAUUGUUAUAAUGAGUGUUGAGGUGCGUAAACUUCUAAUUGGCAGCAUUAUAGUAAAUCUGAUAGAGAAAAGUAUGGACACUAAGAUAAUGAAGUGCAUUAUUAAAAUGUUGGACGAUUGGGUGAGAGUAAAGGAACAAAACUCCUUGGUUCAAAUUCCCUCUAUACGUGAGAAAUCCGUUUUACUUGUUAAGCUUAUGCAGUACGUUGAAAAGAAGUUCUCCGAUGAAAGUGAAUUACACACACAAUUCUUGGAAAUGAUCAACUACAUAUACAGGGAUGAGUAUUUAAAACAAACUGAAUUGAGUGCCAAAUUAGAAGGAGCCUUUUUAACAGGACUAAGAAGUCAAAAUCCUGCCAUCAGAUCGAAAUUCUUUGAGAUUAUUGAUGCCUCUAUGAGAAGACGUCUACAUGAUCGUUUACUGUACAUUAUAUGCUCACAAGCAUGGGACUCUAUAGGCACCCAUUAUUGGAUUAAACAGUGUAUAGAGUUAUUAGUCUUAACGGCCAACACCAUGACUCCCAUACAGAAUGCCAAUGAUAUGCACAAAAUACCUAGCAUUACUUCCAUUAUCAAUAUGGGCGACAACGAAGAAAAAAGUCAAUUUGUCAUAUACACUUCAUCGCAAACGGAUUGUAUGGAUAUGCCGCAUGGUGUAGAUGACAAAGAUGAAGAAUUUGAUGUCGAUGUCUUUAUUAACGCGCAGCCAGAUCAACCAGAAGGAGGAGAACGCAUGUUGCCCGCAAGAAAAUUGAAAAUAUGUAAAUUGAUCCAUCAACAAAUAGAGUUUUUGGAAACCAAUCGCAAAAUUCGUACCGAUCAAUUGCUGGUAGCAACUUCACAGCUGUGUCACAUGGAUACCAGUUUGGCAGAGAGUGUUUGGCUGGCGAUAUUCCCACGUAUAUGGUCAAUAUUUAGCAGUGAUCAACAGCAUACUAUUGUCAAAGAGGUCAUACCGUUCUUGUCUUCCGGAACAAAUAUCAUUCAAAAAGAUUGUUCCCCCAGUGCUAUAAAUACAUUUGUUGAGGGUUUGACUCAAUGUAAUCCCAAAAUUUACAUUCCCCCUAACCUGUGUACGUACUUAGGAAAAGCUCACAAUCUGUGGCAUCGCAUGACUCUAGUGCUGGAGGAGAUGGUGGCCAAACAAAAUAUUAAUAAUGCCGCCUCCUUAAUGGACUAUAAUGACCAACAGCAAGACUCAAAUGGUAAUCAAACUACCGUACAUGACUCAUUGUCGCAAAUGUACUCGGCCAUGCAUGAGGAGGAUUUGUGGGCUGGUUUAUGGAUGAAAUAUGCUCAAUAUACGGAAACAAAUGUUGCCAUUUCCUAUGAACAAAUGGGUUUCUUCGAAGAAGCCCAGGGAGCUUACGACUUGGCAAUGUCGAAAUUUAAGGAGGACUUGACGAACGGUAUUUGCAACUCCAAUAUGAAUAGUGAAAUAAUGUUGUGGGAAAAUCAUUGGAUACGUUGUGCCAAAGAACUUAAUCAAUGGGAUAUAUUGCUCGACUAUGCCCAAACAAAUCGCGAGCAACAUGAAGUUCUUAUAAUGGAAAGUGCUUGGCGUGUACCAGAUUGGAGUCUUAUGAAGAAAGCUUUACUGAAAAUAGAACAGGCCUAUUCCAAACAGUUUGGCUACAAGGUUAAUCUCUACAAAGGCUUUUUGGCCAUACUCCAUCCCGAAGAACGACAAUUGGCGAAUGUGGAAAAAUAUGUAGAAAUAUCGUCGGGACUGUGUAUUCGUGAAUGGGGCAGAUUGCCGCAUAUUGUAUCACAUAUACACUUACAAUAUUUGCAGGCUGCUCAACAAAUUAUCGAACUGCACGAGGCCAGUCAGAUACAUCAGGGUCUAUUGCAAUCUCGUAAUACUUCACUUCAUGACAUGAAGGCAAUUGUGAAAACUUGGCGUAACCGUUUGCCAGUUAUAGCCGAUGAUCUUUCACAUUGGUCCGAUAUUUUCACUUGGCGCCAACACCAUUAUCAGAUUAUUACACAACAUCUCGAACAACAAUCGGACCAAGGAAAUACUAUGCUGGGCGUGCACGCAUCGGCGCAGGCUAUUAUUUACUUUGGCAAAAUAGCCAGGAAACAUAACUUGACGGGUGUUUGUCAGGAAACACUAUCGCGUAUAUAUACCAUACCUUCGGUUCCCAUUGUAGAUUGUUUCCAGAAAAUACGUCAACAGGUUAAAUGUUAUAUACAAACAGCUUCAUCUGCAGGUCGUAAUGAUCUAAACGAAGCUUUGGAGGUUAUAGAGUCAACAAAUCUUAAAUAUUUCACAGCUGAAAUGAAUGCGGAAUUUUAUGCUUUGAAAGGCUUGUUGCUGGCUAAAAUUGGACGUUCGGAAGAAGCUGGCAAGGCAUUUAGUGCAGCUGUUCAAUUACACGAUGGUUUAACUAAGGCUUGGGCCAUGUGGGGUGAUUUUAUGGAACAAAUGUUUCUGCGUGACAAACAAAUUGCCUUGGGAGUCAGUGCAUUGACGUGUUAUUUACAUGCCUGUCGCCACCAGAGCGAAAGCAAGACUCGAAAAUAUUUAGCCAAAGUAUUGUGGUUCUUAUCGUAUGACAAUGCAAGCAAUACAUUAAUGGGUACUCUGGAAAAGUAUGUAGUUGGCGUACCACCAUCCUACUGGCUUCCCUGGAUACCACAAUUGCUGUGCUGUCUAGUGCAAUAUGAUGGCAGUGUUAUUCUGAAUUUGUUAAGCCAUGUCGGCCGUUUGUAUCCACAGGCUGUUUACUUUCCUAUACGUACGCUGUAUUUGACUUUGAAAAUCGAACAACGAGAAAAACACAAGACUGCUGAGCAGGCUUCAGGCAGACCACAAAAUCAUCAAAAUUUGGAAAAUAUGAAUCAAGUAUUCACCAAUACCAACUCAUCAUCGACUUCAGGACCUACACCUCUUAAUCCCAUUAAGGCUACUCCUCCAAUGUGGCGGUGUUCCAAAGUUAUGCAUGUACAAAGGGAAAUUCAUCCCACAAUACUGAGCUCUUUAGAGGGUAUUGUUGAUCAAAUGGUUUGGUUUAGAGAGAGCUGGACUGAAGAAGUAUUACGUCAAUUACGGCAAGGUUUAAUCAAAUGUUAUGCCAUUGCCUUUGAGACAAGAAGUACGGUGAGCGAGGCCACUAUUACGCCACACACUUUGCAUUUUGUAAAAAAACUUGGUUCCACAUUUGGUAUUGGCAUUGAAAACAUACCCGGAACAGUGGCCUCUUCAACAUCCAAUUCGGCAGCAUCCGAAUCUUUGGCCCGAAGAGCUCAAGUCACUUUCCAAGAUCCCGCUUUCCAAAUGAUGAAAGAACAGUUUACACGUGAUUUUGAUUUCACAAAACCAGACUCCAUGAAAUUGCACAAUUUAAUUACAAAACUCAAGUCCUGGAUAAAGGCUCUGGAAAUUAAGGUCAAGAAACUGCCGACCUCUUUCUUAAUCGAAGACAAAUGCAGAUUUUUGUCCAACUUCAGCCAGAAAACAGCUGAGGUCGAGUUGCCAGGCGAAUUUCUCAUACCUUCCUCCUCACAUUAUCACAUACGUAUUUCGCGUUUUAUGCCCAGAGUUGAAAUUGUACAAAAAAAUAAUACAGCCGCAAGACGAUUACAUAUACGAGGCACUAACGGCAAAAUAUAUCCCUAUUUGGUGGUUAUCGACACUGGUCUGGGUGAUGCACGCCGAGAAGAAAGAGUUUUACAGCUUCUGCGCAUGCUGAACUAUUAUUUGGAAAAACAAAAAGAGACCACAAGGCGUUUCCUCAAUAUUACCGUGCCACGUGUGGUACCCAUUUCACCACAAAUGCGUUUAGCCGAAGACAAUCCGGCCAGCAUUUCUCUAUAUGAAAUUUACAAAAGCACUUGCGCCAAAAUGGAUGUGGAACAUGAUUUACCCAUUAUGAAGUAUUACGAACGUUUGUCCGAAGUACAAUCACAGGGAGCACAAAUAACACAUGCCAUGCUGCGCGAUAUAUUCCAAGAGAUACAAACUAAAAUGGUACCCAAGACUUUGUUUAAACAGUGGGCCGUUAAGACGUUCGUUUCAGCCACUGAUUUUUGGCAAUUCCGCAAAAUGAUGACCCUGCAAAUGGCUUUGGCUUUUUUGUGUGAAUAUGCUUUACACUUGACCCGCCUUAAUACAGAUAUGAUUUACAUACAUCAAGAUUCGGGUUUGAUGAAUGUUUCCUACUUUAAAUUUGAUAUUAAUGACGAAAAGGAGGAAUUAGAUCAUAGCCGACCGGUGCCCUUCCGUUUAACACCGAACAUUGCCGAAUUUCUAACUAACAUAGGCAUAUCGGGACCCCUGUCUGCUGCCAUUAUAGCAACUGCACGCUGUUUUGUACAUCCCAACUAUAAGCUUUCAUCUAUUUUAAGAACAAUUUUACGUGAUGAAAUCAUAGCUUUGCAUAAAAAACGCAUGCGUGACAAUAAACCUAUUGAUGCCAUGGAAGAUGGUGUGACUGAUGCGAAUAUAACGGAAAAUAUGAUAACUUUGGUUAAUAAGGCCGUAAAUGCAAUACUGAAUCGUUUAACAACAAUCUCGUAUUUCGAUAAUAUCGAAUCAAAGAAAAUUUCUAUCUUGUUGCAACAGGCAACAAAUCAUGAUAAUUUAUGUCGCAUGGAUCCGGCAUGGCAUCCAUGGCUUUAAGAAGGAGAAAAAAAUACAAUUUUAGUUUUAAUUUUUUUUUGAAUUCAAUAAAAUUUUCAAACGUUUUAAACAGAAAGAAAGGAAAGAGUUAUUUAAAAAAUAAUAAUAAUUA